AUGCACGAUGGAGAGACGAUGGAGAGUGACGGCGAGGCAUGGUGGGAGCUCGACAUGGACGAGGUGGGCCUCGGCACCGACGGCGUGCCGCUCCAGAGCCUCGAGGCGGCUGUGGUGCCGCCGCCGCGCUGGCCAUUCAACCAGGCGAGUGGCUACGGCGCGCCGCUCGACUGCGCCGCGCGCUGCCGCGGUGGCGACCACGCGAGCGUGUGCGCGCUGCUCGCGCACUCGCCACGCCUGCUGGUGGCGCUCGGGCCGUGUGGACUGCUCAGCCUCGCGUCACGGCUGCUGCGGCAGUUGGUGGUGUACGAUGUUCCCGGCAUGCCGCUCGUGCGCGUCGGCGCCGCGCCGCGCCGAGUCGAGCGUGGUUCCGCGACGCGCUACUUUGGCGACGGCGGGUACGUGAUGGUAUCGCCGCGCGGCUGCGACGUGUGCUACUCGUACGGCGUCUCGCAGGAGGUGAGCUUCGACGCCGAGCUGGUGACGCAGCAUGGGUUGAGGCUGGUGCGCCAAUUCGAUAUGACGCUCGGCGGUGCCUACACGCCGCCGCUGCCGCAGUUUACCUUCUACGACGAGGGCCUCGGUGCGUCGCGCGACGCCGCGGCGCGCCUCGACACGCUCGAGAGCCACGUGCGCCGCUUCGGCGAGCUCGACGUGCGAAAGGUCCUGCAGUGCGACGUGGAGGGCGCAGAGUGGGAGGCGCUGUGGGCGUGCCCGGGCGCCGUGCUCGAUUCAUUCGAUCACCUGGUCAUCGAGUUUCACGGGCUGGAUGAGCUGGCCUCCAUGGGCUUCCACGCGGCGCUGCUCGAGAAGCUCAAUGUUCACUUCGUCGUCGUGCACGUCCACGUCAACAACCACGGGCUCGACGUUGAUGCUGACGCCGCCGCGCAAAAGUUCACCGAAGUGCUCGGCACGCUCGUGCCACGCACGCUCGAGGUGAGCUACCUCAGUCGCCGCCUCGUCCCCGAUGCCGCGCGCGUUGCGAGGGCGGCCAAGGCGUUCCCGACGCCGCUUGACUAUCCAAAUGUGCACGCGCCGGACGUCAUGCUCAACGUGUGGCCGUGGGCCCUCCCGGCCGCCGCCCAAACGUGA